UAUUUUUUAUUAGUAGAAAUUCCGUGUAAACGUGGUCGUUCCGUUGGCACAUGGGACCGCCCACAACAUCGCCAGUGCACCAAUGAAAGCACUGGUGCUGCUCACUGAUUGGUCGCCGUUAUAUCAGCGUAUUGUUCCGCUUUUCUGUCCCAGCGCGCCAAAGUUCAAGCGCGUUCCGGUACUUCCGCGGUUUUCCGCUGCUACCGCCACUGACGGUCGAAACGUUGCGUUGCCACGUUAAGUGACUUAAAACAUGUCUCGGACUUCCAAAAGAGCGUUUCCCAGCCAUCUAAACGAAAGCCUGGAGAAAAGAAUAAAGCGCAUUUCUAUUGAGGGAAAUAUCGCGGCGGGCAAAUCGACUUUUGUGCGCGUUCUGGAAGAACACGACAAAGAGUGGGACGUGGUGCCCGAGCCUAUCGCGCGGUGGUGCAACGUGCAAACCGAGCACGGCGACUUCGAGGAGCUGACCCCGUCUCAGAAGAGCGGGGGUAACGUGCUGAAGAUGAUGUAUGAGAAGCCAGAGAGAUGGGCAUACACACUCCAGAGCUACGCCUGCAUGAGCCGCGUGCGGGCUCAGAUCAACUCAGCCAGGGGCAAGCUGCAACAGGCAGAGAACCCCGUGCAGUUCUUUGAGCGAUCUGUCUACAGCGACAGGUAUAUUUUUACCGCUAACCUGUAUGAGAACGAGUGUGUGAAUGAGACAGAGUGGGCUAUAUACCAGGACUGGCACAGCUGGCUACAUAAGCAGUUUGGUCAUCACAUCGAACUGGACGGCAUCAUCUACUUGCGCGCAGCACCGGAGAAUUGUCUGGAAAGGCUGCGUUUUAGAGGGAGACAGGAGGAGCAGGGAAUUCCUCUGGAGUAUUUGGAGAAACUCCACUUUAAACACGAGAGCUGGUUACAACACAGGACCAUGAGGUACACACACACACACACACACACAGAGUUUAACUAUCUGAGUGAGGUUCCUGUUCUCACUCUAGAUGUUAAUGACGACUUCAAAAAUAAUGCAGUCAUGUGCGCCAACAUGCUUGAAAAGGUGAAAGAAUUCCUCAACACACUAUCAGCCUGAGUGUGUAUGUAUGUGUGCGCGCGUGUGUGUGUGUGUGUGUGUGUGUGU